AUGCCGGUCAAGAGGCACAUCAAGCCAGGCCGCGUCGAGCCGAGCAGCGACGGCAGAGCAAUCGUCGUGCACUUCACCACUGUGACCACGCAGCUGGACGAAGACGGCUCUCCCGGGAGCGUCGAGAAGGCGCCUGGCAGCCUGGAGAUCCCGGUGGCCGACUCCCUCGAGGGCAUCGGCCCCGAGGGUGUCCCUGCCCUCGCGCGGGAGAUCGUGGAGCGCUGCAAGUACAUCCCCGCGACCAAGACGCAGCAGGUGGAGCAGCUGCUCGAGAAGCUGCGCGCCGCGGCGCCCGGAGGCUCGGUGCGGCACCACCAUGUGCCUCCCCCGGACACGGAGGCCGCCUCCGACACCGGCUCGCGGCGGCCGCACCGGUCGGUGCCCUCGUCCCAGUGCUCGCCCACCACACCGCGGGUGCCGAAGGCGGACCGCCACGACACGCGGCCCGGGGACGCGGGCGAGCGCCCUCCUGGGCGCGGCGACGGCAACCGCACCGGCGCCCUCCUCGCCCCGCCCGGUGGGCCGUCGGAGCCCGCCGACGCGGCGGGCAAGAGCACCCAGAGCAGCAGGAGCAGCCAGCGCCCCAAGCCCGGGCGCGCGCGGGGCCGCCUCGUCGACAUCCUGCCCCGCGCCAGCAUCGGCGAGAUGGACGAGUACGCGGAGGACCUGUACGAGGAGUCCACCGACCUCAAGGCCGCCGCCGCCCGGCGGCUGCUGCGGCUGUGCCUGGAGCCCUCCGAGCUGAGCGCCGUGGCGGAGAACAGCUCCGUGCUCGGGGCCCUGAGCCGCGAGCUGCGCGAGAACGCGAAGCGCAGCCACGAGCUCGCUGCCGCCAUCACCGGCGUCUUCCUCUGCCUGGCGCACUUCACCCACUUCCACAGGAGCCUGGCGCACCACCAGGUGCCCGAGGCGUCGCUGCGGGUGCUCGAGUACGAGGCCAAGCGGCGGCUGGCGCUCCAGAAGGAGCACCGGCAGGCACAGAAGCAGGUCGCCGACCGGGGGGACGGCGCCGGGCCGGAGGCCUCGAAGGCCCUCCGGCGAGAGGAGAAGUGGCACCAGGACGUCAUGGAGCGCCUGGACCGGGUCACGCUGCUGUGCUUGCUGCUGCUGCGCGACCUGUGCCAGGACACCCGUGUGGAGGCCAGCCUGGUCCGGCAGAACCUCUGCAGGCUCCUCCCGCCGCUGCUGGCGCGGCCCGGGGAGGAGCUGCUCCUUGCGACCCUGGGCUUCCUGCACAAGCUCUGCGUCUGCGAGCCGAACAAGGACACCCUGCUCCAGAGCUCCGACGCCCUGGCGCACCUCGCCGAGCUCACCGCCCACUCGAGCGCCACGGUCGCGUCCCUCGCGCUCCGCCUGUGCUACAACCUCGCCUUCGACCCGCUGGGGAGGGAGAAGCUCGCCGCGCAGACCGCGCUGCUGGGCAAGCUCCCCGCCGUGGCUCAGCAGCCGGCCACGAGGAAGGGCGCCGUGAGGCUGCUGUACAACCUCUCGGUGGACCGGCAGCUCCGGGGCCUCUUCGCGAGCAGGCACGAGGGCUGCAUCGUCCUGGCCAUGCAGAUGCUGGACCAGCGGCAGCAGGCGGCGCACGGCGCGCGUGCGGGAGCAUCCCCGGAGCCUCGGGCAUCUCCAGAGCGCUUGGGAGGACGGCCGUCCCGGUCGGCGCUCGAGGCGGUCGCAUUGUGCGUGAACCUCGCAGCAGACCCGGCCUGCGCGGCCCGCAUGCUCGAGGAGCGCGAGCUGUUCUCGAAGGUCGCCCACCGGGCCAUCCGCGACGCGGACGCCGUCCAGCUCAAGGUCGUCCGCAACGCCGCCGCCCACGCGGCGAGCCGCCCCAAGUUCCUCGGAGUCAUGUCCGAGGGCCCGCACGGGGACCCCGGCUGGCUCACCGGGCUGCUGCGCCUGGCGGAGAGCUGCAACGACAACCUGGACGUGCUCGUGGAGGUGCUGGGCAUCUUCGCCGCCCUGGACUGCGCGAGCCCUGCCGUGCCCUGGCCCGAGCUGUGCGCCGCCGGGCUGCUGGACCUGCUGCACCGGCACCUCACGCUCGGCUUCACGGAGGGCGACGUGCUCCUGGAGGUGGUGCAGAUCGCGGGCGCCCUUGCCGCGGACCCGGCGUGCGCCGCGGCGCUCGCGGGCUCGCGGGUGCCGCAGGACGUGCCCGCCCUGCUGCUGGAGCAGGGCCGGGACGCGGACCUGAUGGUGCAGCUGCUGUUCGCACUGAGGUGCCUGCUGCUGCGCGACGAGUGCUGCGACCUCGUCCUCCGCGGGCCCGUGGCCGCGGCGAAGGCGGCCAUGGACGCGGCCCGCAUCGCCCGGCAGGGCCUCCAGCCGCAGGCGGCGCAGGCCGUACAGGUCGCCGCCGACGGCGUGCUCGAGCUGAUCCUGGCGCGCGAGUCGGAGGGCGGCCGGGAGAAGCAAUGGACGAACCGCAUCCGGGAGUUCCGCUUCGAGGCGCACAACGAGCCCUGGUGCCAGCGGCUGCGCGGCGGUGCCCCGGACGCCGCGCCCCCCGCGGGGAGGGCGCCGCACGCCUCCCCCCGGAAGGCCUCCCCCCGGAAGAGCGCCGCGGCCCGCUCGGGCGCCGCCUGGGCGGGCGCCGGGAGCCUCGCGGAGCGCGUCUGGCAGGCCGCGGACGCGGCGGAG